CCAGCCCCAGGGCUGGUCCCGGAGUACGAAGCUUCUCGCCCCUGCUACCCCAAGGAGCAGGGAGAGCCACGGCCAAGCCCAGGACUGCCAGUUGGACCAGCAGCAGGUGACUCAAAGCUGCCAGAAGAGGAACCUCCCAAGAAGAAGCACCGACGCAACCGCACAACGUUCACCACGUACCAGCUGCAUGAGCUGGAGCGUGCCUUCGAGAAAUCCCACUACCCCGACGUGUACAGCCGCGAGGAGCUGGCGGGCAAAGUUAACCUACCCGAGGUUAGGGUUCAGGGGGACAAGUUCUCGCUGGAAGAGGCGUACCCGCGCAACAGCAGCAUCGCCGCACUGCGCCUGAAGGCCAAGGAGCACAUCCAGGCCAUCGGGAAGCCCUGGCAAGCCCUCUAG